CUUGGUUCAAAUAAUAGACACCAGGACGCUGGUGUUAAUUCCUCACCAGCAGCUAGCAGCCCUGAUGAAGCGCCAGCAUUGUUCAUACCGCAAAGUGGAGUGAUGAAUUACAAUUCUCAUCUGGGUGUACCUCUACCACCUGGUACUAGUGGAAGUGGAAAUGGAAGUGCGGUCGUAGGUGCAGCAGCAGCCAUGAGUCCGAGAGAGCAGGAUCAAAAAUACAUGGACUUUCUGAGAGAAAAGCUAGCUGCAGCACGUCAGAGGAACAAAGUCCAAUCUAGUAUCGCUUCCAGUGGUACACCAUCCUCUUCUGGCGCCGAAAACCAAGUUGGAGGCAACAGUGCUGGAGGCAACAGUGCGAGAAACAAAAGAAGUAGCGCAGGAGUAGGCGGAACCGCAUUUGGUGGGGCUGGAGGUGGUAUUCAAAGUGAAGAUGAUGCUGCAGGAAGUAGAGAUGAUAUCAGCUCCGACGAACUACCUGCUGGACGAGAUCUUCAUGGUCAACAGACCAGUGGUGCACGAUCGAAGAGCGAGAACAAACGGAGAAGAAUAGCACCAGUAGAAGACUCAGAAAGAACUACCACUAUUGGAGGAGUAGGAGUUGGCCAGCUACUUGAACCUCUUCUUGUAGAUGGCGACCACAAACAACAGGCAUCUUGUUCAUCUUCAAGCUCGUCAAGAAACGGGGUAGUUCUACUUGAGACAAGAUGUAGACCUGACCUGACUGGAAGUAACGACGAAGGAGCCGGAGGAGCCACUGGUCGUGCGAGCUCAUCUUCAGGUGAGGCAUCAUCGUCGGUACGUGAGGAGCCACACUACCCUUCAUCCGACCACCCUCCGCCAAAGAAAGUGAAGAAGACGAAGACGGUGUUGCGCAGACGAGAAAGUCCGCCUGUUGUAUCUGGGAAUGCGGCGUCGAAUGGUACAACUAGCUCGUAUAACUCGUUGUACUAUUAUAGGGAGCCGGGCGCUGGUGGAACAAUGAAUGCAGCGGGGAUAAAUGCAGGAACAGCUGGGGGAAAUUAUGUCUCUUCAUCUAGUGAACAAGGAGGUCCAACACCAAGUGCUGUUACGACAACUUUGUUUCCAAGUAUCAUGAAUAAGAAAGUCAUUCCAGGAGGAGGAGCGGGCGCAACACAUCAAAGUGUAUCUGGUAGUGGAGCACCAGGCGUGAUAGGAGGAACAACAAAUAACAUGACCACGUCAACAACUUCUGUACUUGCAGCAUCAUCCGGAACUACAGGAUCUGUCCCGGGGCCCCCAGUCACUCCUAGUAUCAGUGCUGAGAAGAUGAUAGAACUCAAGGAAAGGCUUGCGAAAGUUAAGAGAAGACAAGAAGAGUACAAUGCUUCUCAGCAACAGACUAAUAUGACAGGAGGUUCUGUGGUCUCAGGUAGUUCUUCAUCGUCCCUUCAAGCACAAGCAGGAGAAACAAGUGGUACUAUAGUUUCUGCCAAUACUAGGAAGCGUUUGCGCGGAGGAGCCGACACGACUGGGGGGGAGGAAAGUGACCUGACAGUACAUAGCCACAACGACGACGAUGAUGACGUGGAAUUGUUUUACGUCGGGAAAAAUCCUAGUUCUCGGAAACAAGGCAAGACGAAAUCUGAACCACAUCAUGGAAGUAAACGCGGUGGAACUACUACAUCUACAUUAAGGCUAGAAAAAAUUCAUCUUCUUCGCAGGCUGCAUCCUGAGAUGACCGUUCUACUUUUCAAGGGGAAAAAGGUCCUCGGAAGAUGCGUCUCCGGAUGGAUUUCUCUUCGUUCUAACUACAGGAUCCUCAGGGAAAAAUGCGCUUUUUCUAGCAGAGAACAGAGCAAGUGCUACUACAACUGCAGCAGAGCAAGCGACGAGAUCUACUUCUAGCGAUGGUGCUUACACGACGACAGGAACGUCCUCAAGCAGUACUCUCAUACCUGGAUACAGCACAAAGACUAAUGCACCUCCGAGCAGCUGUCCUUCACGAAAAGUGUCUGAGUCGAUAGACGGGAUUCCAUCCAGGCCUCCUUCAGAGGCUUUUUCGUCUGAGGAGGAUUACUACAGGGGUUCUGGUGGGAGAGACGUAGAUGUACAACGAGGUGGCGCAGAUGUUCGAGAUCGAGGCAGAGCACAAGCAAGUAGGAGAUCAGGCGGUGGUGCUCCUGAGAAAGAAUAUUCAAGAUCAUCGCAUCACCAAUCUGGGGCGGGUGGUACUUCUAGCAGUAGCGCGAGCAGGAGUCGAGCUGGAGGCCAUACACAUACUUCUAGUAGAGGUGGUAACGCUCCUACUACUUCUGUUAAGGCUCCUGUACCUUAAAUACAUCUUUGGACGCAUCCUUGAAACGUAUGGAGGAGAAGUAUCCUUAGGAUACUCCUUCACACGUUUCAAGGACAAGGAUGCACUUGAAAGAUGAAUUACGGACAGCGCUAAUUCUGGUCGAAGUAGAAGAGACGAACGGAUGGAGAGAGGUGGAGCAGAGCGAGAUCCUGGAGGAGGCUCGAGAAGAACUACACCUAGGGCAGCAGGAGUUUCAUCUUCAUCCGGAGGAUUAGUUGUACAUGAUCUUCCUAAUCUACAGAAAUCCAGUUCUGGCGCUCCAGCAGGGGCUGUCAUACUCGUUGAAGCAAACAACUCGAUGAAGUUGUCUGUCAAGGGAAAGCACCUUUCUAGAAGUCCUCCAAUGCACCAGCCCUCGUCCAUCCCCAGCUCAGCACACGUCUCGCCAUUGUCGAGCAAAGGCCGCAGUGGCUCUGCAACGCAGGCUGCUUUGGCUAGUUACAUCACGUCAGGUGGUGCGAGUAGUACCGGUAGUAGAGGUGUUGUUGUGUCUUUUUAUGGCGGAUGUUGUGUUUUUUUUUUUGAAUUCAUCAUCUCCAAAUGACGAGUCAUCUGAGAGAAAGACAAGAGGAAAAAGGGACCUCCCAGAUGAUCAUACCUGAGUAGAAGAUGAAUUCCCGACCACGCCUCUAACCUUUCCAGCCAUCUUGUACGUCUUCCCGAGGCGGCUGCAUUUUAGGAGGAGGUACAACGGGCGGCUCGCCGGUAUCAUCUCCGAGGCUAGCUCCUGGUGGUCAACAACAGAUGUUGAAGGGAGCUACAUCUGGCGGCGCUCUUCCGAGUACUCGCGGACCAGUCGACAUUGAUUUUAGAGAACCAAAACCACAGUCCUCAGGUCCUUCGUUGAUGUACGUCGAAGGCUACCAUCAGCAACAACUUCAUCACCCUGCGGGGAAGAAUUCACCUGUUGCCGGAGGUCCUGGAGGAGGUGGACAUCAAUUGAACCUCGGUUCUUCUGGAGGAGCAGGUCAACAAAGUGGUACUUCUUCACCAGCACGUAGCAAUCCUAGUCCAGGUGGACGUCGUGGAGGAGCAAAGGCAAACGCAGGAGCAGGGCCACCACUGGGAGGAGCUCCUCCUAAAGGGCAAGGUCAACAUCCUCAUGCGGCACUUCCCCCACCCCAUCAUUCGCCCCAUAGCGGCAAAGACCAUAACGUGUCGCCGAAUUCGAGCCCUUUUGGCAGUCCUGCCUUUGGACAGCACAGGAAAGGGAGUCCUUCAGCAGCAGGGCCACCUGGUGGACCUGGCGGACCGCCAUGCUGGUAUAAUGGUCUACCUCAACGUGGUACUAAUAGCAUGUACUGGGAAGACUACUCGAGACCAUGGGAACCUCCCACGCAUUACUCUGUGCCUUAUCAGAAAGGAGGACCGCCGCCUCAUGGAGGAGGGAAAAGGGUAAUGAGAGUGUCCGCUGUGCUAGAAGUAGGUUCAUAAUUGCCACUAGAAGAUUUCUUUCUAUGAUCGUUGAGUGAUCCUCUACUUUAUGGAGUCAAUCAUCUUCGAAAAAAUGGACCUGUGAUCCCAUUUACAUCAACAUCAACCUAAAAAUACCUUCCUCGUAAUUAUAUUCGAAGGUCGAUGGCGGGUGGCCACCUCCGAACAAAGGACAAUACAAAGGCGGAUGGUGACAAGGGAGACAACUAGUGGUGCAAGAGUAAAGAUGUGGAGACCACUGUUGACACAAUUAUAUACGGAGACCACUGUUGACACAAGGGAGAAGAUGUGGAGACCACUGUUGACCAUAGCAUUUUCAAACAGCGCUGAACUUUCAAACAACUCGAAAUUUUUAUCCCGAAAAGACGACUUCUAACAAAAGUUCAUCACACGAUGGAGACGGACUUGAAAUUUCUCAUUUCUUAACUUGUGGCAAACCCUAUCAAACCCGAUUAUUUUGAGCGAAAUCAAAUCAUGCAUAUCGCGAUGAAGGUUCUUGUUUCAAGAAAAUCAGUUGGAAGAAAUUCAAAAGUAGACCGGGUAAAAAUGCGAC